AUGGCGACAGGUACCCCGCCCGACAACGUCGACCCCGGCGCUCCCUCCGCUCAGCCUCGGGCCACCAAGCGCUUCAACAUCAUCCACGAGGGCGUCUCCACCGACCGCUCAAGCUUCACGCCCUACGAUGUCAUCACCGAAAUCUGGACUGGGCUGGGCUUGCCCCGCGACGCACUCGCCUCCGUAAACCUACCAGGCAGCGACGACGCCGGACCGGUGCUCCCCUCAUCCUACCGCAUCGGCUGCCUCGCGCAGAGCACCAUCGCCCUAUGCGCCCUCUCGGCAGCCCUGGUCCGCUCCGUCCGCACCAACGGCAUCAGCAGCAGCAGCAGUCUCUCCCUCCCGCGCGUCACCGUGCCCCUGCGCCACGCCACGGUCGAGUUCCAAUCCGUCGAGCACUGCAGCAUCCUCCCACCGUCACCGUCACCAUCCCCAGCUGGACCCCCACCCCUCCUCGGCCUCCACCCCACCGCGUCCGGCGGCCACAUCCGCAUCCACUCGGCGUUCCCGCACCACCGCGACGGCGCCCUCCGCCUCCUCGGCCUCGACCCUUCCUCCCACUCCUCUCUCACCCGCGCCGACGUCGACCGCCAGACCCGCCGCUGGGACAGCAAAGCCCUCGAAAGCGCCGGCCUCGCCGCCGGCUGCGCCAUGUACGCGCUGCGCACCUACGCCGAGUGGGACGCCCACCCCGCCAGCCAGGCCGAGCCCGACUUUCCCAUCCGCAUCCGCCGCGUCGACACGCCAGCACCAGCAACCUCUCCCUCUCCCUCACGAUCCCCUCCCCACCCCCUCCGCAUCCUCGACCUCACCCGCGUCAUCGCCGGCCCCCUCGCCUCCCGCGCCCUGGCCGCCCACCUGCGCCCUCCCCUAAGCGACGUCCUCUGGCUCACCGCCCCGCACCUGCCCGCCCUGCCCGCCGUCGACCGCGACCUCGCGCGGGGGAAACGGGCUUCCGCUCAGCUGGACCUGCGGCGCGAGGGCGAUGCCGCGAGGUUGCGGGCGUUGGUGGGCGGCGGGGACGGGGAUGAUGCAACGGGUGGGGGUGGAAGGGGUGGGUGCGAUGUGUUUGUGCAGGGGUAUCGGCCGGGGAGUUUGGAGGCGAGGGGGUGGGGGGUGAGGGAUGUGGUGGGGAUGAGUUCCAGAGGGAUCGUGGUGGGGAAUGUGGCGGCGUUUUCGGGGGGUGGCGAGUGGGGGGCGAGGAGGGGGUUUGACAGUUUGGUGCAGACGUGUAGCGGGAUGAAUGCUUCGGAGGCGGAGCAUGCGGGGGAGAAGGGGGGCAGGCCGAUGCCGUGUCAGGCUUUGGAUCACGCGACGGGGUAUCUGCUGGCGACGGGGAUUUGCGCGGCGCUGUACAGGCGGGCGGUCGAGGGGGGCGGCGGGUCGUAUUGCGUGGAUGUGAGUCUGGCGGGGACGGCCAAGUAUUUGCGGAGCCUGGGUCAGUAUGAGGGGAGGUCGGGGUUCGAGUGCGAGGGGAUCCCCGCGGACGAAGUCGAGGGCUACAUGGAGGUGCGGGAGAGCGGGCUGGGAAUGCUCAAGGCGGUGCGGCAUUCCGCCAGCAUCGAGGGGUACGAGACUGGCUGGGAUUACAUGCCGAAGCCGCUUGGGAGCGAUGAGGCGGAGUGGCAGAGUUGA